AUGCGGAAGCGGAAAAACAUUUCCCCGCGCACUUCCGGGUUCCGCCUCGCACACAUCUGAGCGUCUGAGCUGUCGUUACCGGAGCUUCACAGGUGUGUUUAUACCGCUCGAGAUGGCAGCUCGGUUACCGGCAUGUGUUGUGGAUUGUGGUACAGGGUACACUAAACUAGGAUAUGCAGGAAACACAGAACCGCAGUUCAUCGUUCCAUCAUGCAUCGCCAUUAAAGAGUCGGCGAAGGUGGGCGAUCAAGCCCAGAGGAGGAUGAUGAAGGGAGUCGAUGACCUAGACUUCUUCAUCGGAGACGAGGCCAUCGAUAAACCCAACUACGCCACCAAAUGGCCGAUCCGACAUGGAAUCGUGGAGGAUUGGGAUCUGAUGGAGAGAUUUAUGGAGCAGGUGAUCUUUAAAUACUUGAGAGCUGAACCUGAGGACCAUUACUUCCUACUGACUGAACCUCCAUUAAACACGCCAGAAAACCGAGAGUACACAGCUGAGAUCAUGUUUGAGUCCUUCAAUGUGCCGGGACUCUACAUCGCUGUGCAGGCGGUUUUGGCUCUGGCCGCAUCAUGGACGUCUCGUCAGGUCGGUGAGAGAACACUCACAGGAACUGUCAUCGACAGCGGAGACGGGGUUACUCACGUCAUUCCAGUGGCAGAGGGUUACGUGAUUGGCAGCUGUAUUAAACACAUUCCCAUCGCAGGUCGUGACAUCACGUAUUUCACACAGCAGUUACUGAGGGAGAGAGAGGUGGGCAUUCCACCCGAACAGUCGCUGGAGACCGCCAAAGCCGUCAAGGAGCGCUUCAGUUACGUGUGUCCUGACCUGGUGAAGGAGUUUAAUAAAUACGACACAGAUGGAUCUAAAUGGAUCAAACAGUACACUGGCAUCAACGCUAUCAGUAAGAAAGAGUUCACCAUCGAUGUGGGAUACGAGCGCUUCCUGGGACCCGAAAUAUUCUUCCAUCCUGAGUUUGCUAAUCCUGAUUUCACUCAGCCAAUUUCUGAGGUGGUUGAUGAGGUCAUUCAGAACUGUCCAAUCGAUGUGCGUCGUCCACUCUAUAAGAACAUUGUUUUGUCGGGCGGUUCCACCAUGUUCCGUGACUUCGGCCGUCGUUUGCAGAGAGAUUUGAAGAGAACGGUCGACGCUCGUCUGAAACUCAGCGAGGAGCUCAGUGGAGGAAAACUCAAGCCCAAACCAAUCGAUGUCCAAGUCAUCACUCAUCACAUGCAGCGAUACGCUGUGUGGUUUGGAGGAUCUAUGUUGGCAUCUACUCCGGAGUUCUAUCAAGUGUGUCACACCAAGAAGGAUUAUGAAGAGAUCGGCCCGAGCAUCUGUCGCCACAAUCCUGUGUUUGGUGUCAUGUCUUAAACACACACACACACACACACACACACACACACACACACACACACACACUGAUGCAGAAAUUAGAAAUGUUUUCUAUUGUUGGUCCUCAGAGUAAAUGUGAUAAAAAAAGUUUCCAAAACCACAACAAGCGUUUUCUUGCGUUUUUGUUGAUUUGAUUUAAAGAACUGAACAUCUUCAGUCUUGUGUGAAUGUGUGACAGUAACUGAACUCUGAUCAUGAGAUUCAUGAUGAAGACUGGACUGACAUCAUCAUCAUCAUCAUUAUUGAGAAUCACUAAUUGGACUGUGUGUGUGGAUACUUCCUGUCUCUCUGUUUUAAUGUUUCAUGAGUCACUGUUGAGGAAGAAUGUUUCUCUCUCCAGUUUGCUUCUGUCCAAUCUGUCAAAGUUGUGAGUAAAAGAAACGUUUGAAGAGAGAGAGAAAAACAUAUACUGGAUUUUCUUCAUAGCGUUUAAAAUACUCGACUGCUUUUACCUUCAUAUGUCAUUUAUUCAUGAUUGGAAAUCAAUAUCAUGGAUAUGAGCUUGAGUGGAAUGAUGAUUGUAACAGUAUUACCAGCAGAGAGAAGUUUGUUGUGAUCGAUUAAAGACAGAUGACACACAUUUGUUGAAAGUGUAAAGACAAACAUUGCAAUAAAAGCUCAUGGUUUCUAAUGAA